CAAAACAUUGAUUAAACGCGGACACGCUUUCUCUUUUACUCGCUACUUAAACAACUUCACAACGUGCAAACUGUACAAACACACUCAUCCAAUGGCUGAUCGUGUUCACCCUAAAUCCUCUCCACCUUCCAAGUCCAACACCGUUCCAUCAUCGUCACCGCCGCCGUCCGGAACCUAUGUCAUCCAGCUCCCCAAGGAUCAAACCUACCGCAUCCCUCCACCAGAGAAUGCACAACGUUACGCCAACUACACUCGCCGCAAAAGUCGCCGGUGCGGAUGCUGUUGCUGUCUUUGCUGGUUCAUUGGUAUCUUAUUCACUCUGAUCGUGCUCAUGGCCAUCGCUGCUGGUGUUUUUUACUUGAUUGUUCGUCCUGAAGCACCGAAAUACGCAAUCGAUCGUGUUUCUGUCAAGGGAAUGAACUUAACAUCUUUGUCUACCAUUUCACCGGAGUUUGAUGUUUCUGUUAAAGCUGAUAACGGUAACAAAAAGAUCGGAAUCUACUAUGAAAGCGAUAGCAGCGUUGAAAUGUUUUACAGAGGCGUUAGCCUCUGUAAAGGCGUGCUGCCGGCGUUUUAUCAGCCGUCGAAUAACGUGACGGUGUUUCAGACGGUGUUGAAAGGUAACGGCAUUGAACUAGUGAGAUCUGAUCAGAGAGCGUUGGUGAAUGCGGUUACAAAAGGAAGCGUGCCGUUGACGUUGAAGCUGAGAGCACCGGUGAAGAUUAAAGUGGGAUCUGUGAAGAAGACGUGGAAGGUUAGAGUUAAGGUUGACUGUGAUCUAACAGUGGAUCAGUUAACGGCGCAGGCGAAGAUUGUUGACAGGGAUUGUAGUUAUGGAUUCGAUCUUGGUUAUGAAAAUCAUUAUUUGGAUUUAGGGAUAUGGGAUUAAAUUAAAUUGUUUAGAAAUUAUACCGGCUUUUUUUUUUAGACAAUAGAUUAUGCUUGUUUGUACUUUGUGAGUCUGGUUAAAAAAGAAUAUGAAUUGCUUAUGACAAUUUUCAUAAGUUUUUUCUGCUUA